AUGACGAAUGUGUCUGACGGUACGCAACCCUACACAACAAACAUGUGGACUGAUUUUCAAUAUUCAAGCGAAUUUGUAACAGAGGCUAAUUCCUUAGACAGUGUAAAAUCAGUUUCGUUUGAACAGAUUUUCACUGCAAUCUUUGUUGGGUUAAUCAUACUUUCGAACACCAUCAGUCUGGUUGCAUUCUUGCUAGAAAAACGUCUCCGUUCCUACAAUAAUUACUUCAUUAUAAACCUUACCAUACUUGAUCUGUUAGUAGGGAUUGGACUUUGUCCCUACGUACAGCACAUUUACGGCGGUCGGUACCCCUUCUCUCAAAAUGCAUGUAAGAUUCUUUCAGGACUUUUCUACGGAAUCGUCAAUGCUUCAAACAUCAACAUCGUCGUCAUCUGUGCCGAUCGACAUCAAGCGGUCUAUGAUCCCAUCAACCAUUUUAUUUCUCGAUCAACGCGUAAGGCCGUCAUCAUCAACUCUCUGCCGUGGGUGAUUGGACUCUCGUUCUGGAUUGGGUACGUCACAGUGUGGGAGUUCGCCAUCAGUUUCGACAACGGGGAUCACUGCCUUCAUCGAAUUUCUUUCAGUCCCGUGGCUGCUGUGUUUCAGGGGGUAUUCGUGUUCUAUCUACCAAUCCUUAUUAUUUCCAUCCUCUAUAUUAGAAUCCUCAUUAAGAUCCGGAAGUCGGCUGGAGGACGGAAUGUCAGCAAGAACUUUGCUUCAACAGAUACCCACCUUUCCAGCUCCACGGACACCGAGAUGACUUCUGGAAGCAUCCCGUCUAUUCCGCAUUCAUGUUUGGACGUUAUUGAUGCGAGAAGCGACAACGCAAUAGCAUCAUCAUCAUCAUCACCUAAUGUAACGAAAAUUGGAACCAGAGGCCAGGAAUUAUCGGUCAUAACUGGGAUCUUCCAAGGAAUCGUCAAUGCUUCUAACAUCAACGUGGUUGUGAUAUGUGCCGAUCGACAUCAAGCGGUCUAUGAUCCCAUCAACCAUUUCAUUUCUCGAUCAACGCGUAAGGCCGUCAUCAUCAACUCCCUGUCAUGGGUGAUUGGAAUCUCGUUCUGGAUUGGGUACGUCACCGUGUGGGAGUUCGUCAUCGAUCACGACAAUGGACUCCACUGUACUCAGCGGUUCCUUCUCAGUCCGUUGACGAAUAUGAUCCAAAGUGCGGCCACGUUCUUCUUGCCUUUGGCCAUUAUUGCUGUUCUCUAUGUCAGAAUAUUCAUCAAGAUUCGGAAGACGGUUGGAAGACGGAACAACAAGAAGUCGACUGAUUUAACGAACCUCUACCUUUCCACCGCCAAGGAUACUGAGAUGACGAGCAUAAGCGUUUCAUCGACAUCGCAGACAGGUUUAUUUAGUGACAUUACAGAAACAGUGAGCAAAGAUGAUACUUUGGUAUCAUCAUCUUCAUCACAUAACGAGACCAAGAUAGGACAUAUUGGCCAAGGAAUAUCGACAUCAACGUCACAUCGCGUGGAAUCGACGGCUGAAAUGACGAAGGCGACUCGUACUCUUCUCCUCAUCGUCAUCGCUUUCGUACUGACAUGGGUUCCGAUUAGCGUUAUCUAUUUAAUCUACAGUAUCGAACCUCGACUCAUCGUACCUGGUCUGUCAAAUAAAGCUUUCACUGUCUUCAGCAAUCUGCAGUACGGGAAUAGCCUCCUGAACCCUAUAUCCUACGCCAUGUCGCAGCCUCUGUUCCGUACCACAGUCAUCAGAAUGUUCUCCUGUAAACUACCGUCGCGGGCCAACUAG